AUGGAUUAAAAUCAGUUUGAAAAACAAAAAGAAGAGUAAUAAUAAAGAUUAAUGAUGAUAAUAGAAAAGAUAGAAAGACAAUUAGAUGAUUUUUCAUUUUAAAAUUAAGAUAAUGUAAUAAUGUUAAUUGGAAAAACAGGUUGUGGAAAAAGCACAAUAUAUAAUUUCUUAUGUGGAGCCCAAUUUUAAUUAUGUGAAGAUGAAUAUGGAAGUAGAAAUCUUGAACUUCUUUCAAAAUCAGAUAAAUAUCAAGAAAUAAAAGGUGGAUUAGAUUCAACUACUAAAACACCUAAAAUUUAUUAUGACUAAGAGUAUGAACAUUCAAUUAUUGAUUAUCCUGGUUUUAAUGAUACAGAAGGCAAAGAUUAAUUGGAAAUUCAAUUAUUUUUUAACAAAAUAGUUUCUUUAAGUAAAAUGAAAAUAGUAUAUGUUCUAUUAAAUCCAGGUGAUUAAUUUUAAAAUAAAGCAGAAGAUUUAUAAAAUUUUAUAAAUGAAGCUGAUAUAGAUUUAAGCAAAUUAACAGUAAUAAUCAAUUCUUAUAGUAAAAAAAGAACAGAUGAAUAAUUAAUAGCUGAUUUCUAAUCUUAAUUAAUAAAUAAAUUUAAAAAAUAAGCACAUUAAUUGAUUGUAUAAAGGGAUAUUGAUGAAACAGAAAAAAUAGAAAAGUAUCUCUCAAAUGAAUACAGAAAAAAGAUGUGGAUGGAACUGAUUAAUUCUAAAGUAAUAUCAAUGAAACCUUAUGAUCUAAAUAUUUAUAAAGAUGUGAAUAAUUUUAUAGAUAAUGCAAGUUAAGAGUUAUCUGAUAGUUUAUUCUAAAUUUUGAAAGAUAUUUAAUACAAACAAUAUUAAACUUAAAAAAUUUAAGAAGUCUAUGAAAAUAUAAAAAAAUUAGAAAAUUUUAAUUUAAUAUUAUAAAGAUUUAUUGAAGGUGAUGUAUAUAUGUUAUAUUAAAUAAUGAUGUUUGUUGGCACUUUUAAUGAAAAUUAUAUAAAAGCAAUAUCAAAAAUUUAUUCAUUCUUUUUAGAAUAUAAAAUUUAAUUAGAUGGAUAUUAAAAAAUGUAAAACUCUCUUUUGAAAGCAAAUUAAAAUUUGAAAAUUUGUUUAGAUUAUCUAUAAUUAAAUUAAAAAUACCUUGAAUAAUUAAAAUAAGUUGAAGAGAAAAAGAAUCUAUUAGAAGAUGAAAAAUAAAUGAUGAAAAUUGAAAAGAGUAAAAUGGAAGAUAGGAUAAGGAUAAAAGAAGAUGAAUUAAAUAAUUUAAAAGAACUUUUACAAAAAACUUAAGUUAAUUUUAAAUAUGAAAUGGAAAAUUAAAUCAAAUUGAUUUAAGAUUAAACUUUGUUAGAAACUACAAGUAUAAUUAAUGAUAAAAUUAAGAUUGAAUAAGAAUUGAGUAAAAUUUAAGUUCAACAUACAGACCUUUAAAAUAAAUUUACUUAAUUAUAAAAUGAUAAAAAUAAUAUAGUUACGGAAUUUGAGAAAAUGAAAAAUUAAUACAAUUAAGAUUUAAUUAAUUUUAAAGUUAUAGAAUAAAAAAUUUAAUCACAAAAUAAACAAGCAAAUAAUUAAAUUAUGGAUUUAUAGUAGAAAGUAAUUCAAUUAAAAAUUAAAAAUAAGUAAAUUACAGAGCAUUCUCAAUAUUUAUAAACAGAGAAUAAGGAAACUAAUGAUAAAUUAUUGAAGUCAUAAUAAGAAAAAACUGAAAUUGAAAAAUAACUUUACGAUAACAUAAAUUAAUUGACAAAAAAGGAUUUAGACUAUUAAAAAGUAUUUGAUUAAUUGAAUGAACUUAAAGCAAAAUAUAAAAUAGAAGAAUAAAGAAAGCAAUUAUUAGAGCAAUAAAUAUCUAAAUUAAUGAAAUCAUAAGAUGAAAAUAACAAUAUCGAAUAAUAAAACAACAUAAAUGAAAUAUCGAAUUAAUUUAUAUAAGCUUCAUAAUAAUAUCAAACAACAUUUAUACCAUAAUAAUAAUAAUUAUAAAAUUAAAACAAAUCUUAAAAAGAUGAAAAAAAUCAUUCUGAAAAAAAUUAAGAGAAGCCUGUUGUUGUAUUAAUUGGAAUGACUGGUUCAGGUAGAACGACUUUGUUCAAUAAAAUUUGUAAUACUUAAGAAAAUGUAGGUGAAGGUAGGAGAUCAAUAACAAAGUAAUUUUAUGUUAAAUAAAUUUAAUAGGUAAUCUAUUCUAGGUAAAUCAGUUUACAGUAAUGAAUUUUAUAUAAUUGAUACUCCAGGUUUAGGUACUUAAUAAAAAAAAAUUAAUCAUGCAGUAGGAAUUUGGAAUGCGAUGUAAGAAAAACCAUUAAACAAAAUUAUUAUAAUUCUAAAGUUUGAACUGCUUUAAUUAAUGGUAAAAUAAUUAAUCAAAUAAAUUAUAAUAUUACGUAGAUAUCGCAAAAUUAUUAUUGUUGCUGUUACUCAUUUUGAUCAAUGUAAAUAAUAAUAAAUAGAUUAAUAAAAUAUACAAAAUGAGAUGAAAAAAUUUGGAAUAUAAAAUGUUUUAUUUUUUUAAUAAUCUGACUCAGGAUAGUCUAUUUGUAAUUAAAUUAAUUAAUAUUUAAUGAAUUCAAUACCAAUAUAAGUAGAAAUUACUUAAGGAGAAUUUUUAAAUUAUUUUGAUUUACUUGAUGAACCUGAAUUAGAAGAAGAUGUUUUUUAAUUAAUGGAAGAAAUAUCUAAUAUUUCUACUAAACUAAGAAAAAUGAUUUCAAAUAAAUUCAAAUUUUCAUAAUAAUUGUUUGAAUAAUCAGUAGAUGCAGAUGACAUUUAUUUUAAGGUCUAAAAUGAAAUAAAAAUAUACACUUAAUUAUUAAUAUAAGAAAGAAAAUAAAUAAUAUAAUAAUUAAAUAAGAUAUCAAAUAAUUAAUAAUAUUAGGAAACUUUUAAUAUAGAUUGGUUUGAUUCAGUAGAAAAGUUAGUUGAAUAUUUGAUAUAACAAGAUUGGUAUUUAGAAAUUAAAUAACUUAAUUAAUAAGCAUUAUCUUAUUUAUCAAAAAAUUAAGCUUCUAUAAUAAAUUCCUUAAAAGUUUGCUAGAAUUGUUGUUUAGUUUGGUAUUGUCAAUCUAAUAGCAAUAAUAUGCAUUUUUGUGGAAUCUCUGUUUAAGAUGAAGAUAAGAGUCUAUUUGAUGAUUAGUUUUGGACAACUAUUUAAUUAUUUAAUACUAAAAAUGAUAUAUCAAUUCAAGAGUAUUAAAAUGAAUAAUAAUAUAUUAAAGAAUACAUUAAAAAAAGAAAUAAUUAGAAUAUAAAUCAUGGUUGUGGUAAAUAACUUGAUCUACUUUCAAUUAACCAAAAUUGUUUUGAAUAUUUUUAUUUAAGUUUGGAUUUAUUUAAUCAAUCUAGUUAAUAUUAUUUAGAAUAAAAUAAAAAUAUAGAAUUAUUGAAUCUUAUUUAGAAAGUUAAAUAGAACGAACCAGUUAAGUAUUUAUAAUUUUGA